GGAGAGAAGCCGCUGUUUCCGUCGAACCGUAUUAGCAAACGGACCAAACACAGUCUCCCUCCUGAAUUUAAACUGGAGUUAAAAUCCCUCAGAAACUCUUUAUUUUCCGGUUAAAAUGAAGUUUCGGGGGAAAAUAACCGACAUCGCGUGUUUGAACCACUUCACCAGAGUUGUGACCACCAUCUCUAAGCUCACCAAGACCUGCGUCCUGCGGCUGACUCCCGACCACCUGUUCUUCAUCCUGCCGGGGAAAGUGACCAACGGAGGAGUCGGCAUGUGGUGCCAGCUGCUGCAGGCCAACUUCUUCCAGGAGUACCAGAUGGAGGGCGUGACCUCUGAGGUCCAGGAGAUCUGCCUGGAGGUGAGUCCAGAACCCUGGAGCCGGGCCCUGAAGACGGUCCAGUCCGCCAAGUCAGUGAAGCUGAAGCUGACCAGGAAGCACUGCGCCUGUCUGACCGUCGCUGCCGAGCUGCCCACCCUGUCCAGCGUCGGCAGAGUCGUGACUCACGACGUUCCUGUCGACGUCAUUCCUCGAAGGCUCUGGCAGGAAUUCCAGGAAGUCGGCGUUCCGGACUUUGAUGUGAGCGUCUACCUUCCUCCUCUGAAGACGAUGAAGAGUGUGGUGGACAGGAUGAAGAACCUCUCUAACUUCCUGGUGAUGGAGGCCAACCUGAACGGAGACAUGAACCUGAAGAUCCAGACCGAUCUGGUUUCUGUCACCACUCACUUCAAAGACCUGGGGAACCCAGCAGGGGGUGAUGUUUCCUCCCAGGACGGAGGGCCGUCUCAGAGCAGAGACCCAGAGGUCAUGGCAGAGGUCACGGUGGACAUCAGGAAGCUGCAGCAGUUCCUCAUGGGUCAGCAGGUCAACCCCAGCAAGGCCCUGUGCAAUAUUGUCCAUCAGAACGUGGUCCACCUCGUCCUGCUCCAUGAAGACGUUUCUCUGCAGUAUUUCAUCCCUGCUGUGGCCUGAUCCUCUGCAGAUAAUCUGGUUCUGGUCGGGUUCAGUGGGAGCUGGAGCUGCUUUCUCUACCGGACCUGGAGGAGCAGAUUCAGAACCUCCAUCCAGACUUUAUGAAGACUUUACCUGCUGAACUGAGCUGCUGCACUAUUCAUUAAAUGUUUUAUAUUUAUACAGAGAUGAAGGAUUCAGUGUCUGAAUCGUUUCUGAUUAAAUUCUGUAGAUUUUAAAUCUCCUGGAUCCAGAAAACCUUCAUAUGUGUUCCUGUAUUGGACUGUGAUGGACCUCUGACCCGUCCAGCGUGUUCUCCGCCUCUCACUGCUGGAGAGGCACCAGCUCUCCUCCUCCCUUCCUCUGAUGGAGGCUGUUCGAACUGCAGCAGCAUAACUUCAAAACCAAGAAAAUAAAACACUCAAAAAAAGAUUCCAUUUUUGGAAUCCAUUGUUUUGUAUUCAGUUUCCAUGUCUGAAUACAAAACGAUCAUUAAUAAGUCUUAAAUAAAUAAGUUUUAUUAAUAAAAUGGUUAAAACAGAA